GCCGUCGCCGUGUUAGUGCGCCUGCGUUGCCGGCUGUUCACCGCCGUCACUGUGUUAGUGCGCCUGCGCGGCUCUCUGGGCGGCUGUCAUGGAGGUGUGGGUGCGCGGCUGUGGAGCUCGACUGGUGGCCGUGGCGCUGCCGACCGGCUCCUCCGGCCUGGAGCUGAAGCUGCGCCUCUGCCGACAGGGUUUCCCUGCUGCCGAUGUUUACCUAAAAUGUAAUGGAAAACUGGUUGGUGAAGAGGCGGAUCUGCAUGAUGGAGCAAUUUACAGUCUGGAAACGAGACUGGUCGGAGGGAAAGGAGGUUUCGGGUCAAUGCUUCGCGCACUUGGAGCGCAGAUCGAGAAAACUACAAAUCGCGAGGCGUGCCGGGAUUUGAGUGGAAGAAGAUUGCGGGAUGUAAACCAUGAAAAGGCCAUGGCCGAAUGGAUAAAGAAACAGGCGGGGCGGGAGACGGAGAAGGAGCAGAGGCGACUGGAGCGAUUGCAGCGCAGGCUUGCCGAGCCCAAGCACUACUUCACUGACCCACAGUACGAGCAGCAACUGGACGAGAUGUCGGAGCGGCUGGAGGACUCCGUGCUUAAAGGUUUACAAGCAUCGUCAAGUGAUGUGGUGGCAGCGGAGGGUGGGAUCCGAAAGCGUGCUCAUCCGACCACCCACAAGGCAGCCACGGAAGGAAAGAAAAGAUGUCUCUGGAUGGGACUGGAGGGUUUGGAAGAAUCCGGGAGCUCAGAUGAGGAGUGCGUGGCAGAGAGCAGCUCCUCGGAGUCUUCGUCUCGCCCCGAGAGUUGUGUGGGGCAGGCGAGCGUUGAAGGUGGUGGUGCUGAUGACGCGACGGACUGCGCUCCGGGGCCCAGUGCUGAACCUGGUGUGCCUGAGGUCCUCUCAGUACCCCAGAGUGAAGUCGGCCAAGAGGAACCAGGACCCAGUAAUGAAAUAGAGGCAAAGGGUUUGGUCUUGCAAGAAAGUGAACAAACUGAAGCUGAGGGCGUCACUGGAGAGAGUCCUGAAGAAGUGAAGGAGAAGAUGGGAGAUACGGGAAACGAUGUGGCUGCAUCAACGACCAUAGAACCCAGACCGGAGGAUUGGACAGCAUUUAACUCUGCAGAGGAGCUCGAGUGCCUGGGACUGGACAGGCUCAAGGGUGAACUGAUGGGGCUGGGGUUAAAAUGUGGGGGGACCCUGCAGGAGCGGGCUGCCAGGCUCUUCUCCGUGAAGGGCCUGUCCAGGGAACAGAUUGACCCCGCUCUCUUUGCCAAGCUGGCCAAAAGCAAGAAGAAAUGAGGGACCAAUCGAUGCUCCGACAUUUCCUGAAGAAUUGACGAUGGGCGGGUGAAGAGGCGGGCUUACUUUCACUCUGAGAUUCUAUCCAGAGUCUCCCGAAUUCCUUACCCACACCUGGUGGGGAUUACGGACUGCAGCUUCAGCAUCUGUGCAUGGGCAGUGGCUGCUCGAGCCACUCUUCAGUGCAUUACUUGGACACCUGACUCAUCCACCACAGCGGUGGCUCCCUCUGGAUCCUGUACCUCUGUGCUGGCUGUAAGCAACACUUUGAUCUGGAGCCAGACUGGAGCCCUGGAUAGAGAGUUGUUCAUCUCUUCAGUUUUUAAAUAUUGGUGAAAAAAUAAACAUAAAACUAGUUUCUUGAUUUUA